GUUGAUCAUUCUGAGGUAGCUCGCCUGACGGCUCGCAUCACGGAUCUGGAAGCGCGUCUGACGCUCGAGACGACGGCGAGAUCGCGUCUUCAGGCCCAGCUGGAACGGACUCGCGAAGCGGCGGACCAGUUGAAGGAGCAACGCGACCAACUGGUUGCUGCUGAGUUGGCCGAACGCGAAAAAGCCCGUCGUCUCGCUCGACAGGUUCGUGAGGCUCGGGAUGAGGCUGAAAUGAUGCAGCGUCGAGCCGCAGCCGCCGAGGCUGAGCUCAGACAGGCACGACGUUUUCAAGACGCCGCAGACACGACGGUACCGGCCGCCUCAUCCGGCCUCAUCGGCACCGGGUCCGAUGUGGACCUGGUAUUGUUGGGCCAUCGAGGGGCUGGUGGUUUCACUCGCCUCCCGGCCGGCCUUGACCUGGAGCCCGGUUACCCUCGCAGUUGGGAGCUCCGCGCCAUGUUUGCCAAGUCGGGCCUCACUUUUGACGGCUCGGAUGACGACGAUUCCAACAGUCCAGAUGACGCUGAUGACGACGACGACGACGAAGACUACGACAGCAACAACAAGAACAACAACUGCGAUGACGACGACUACGAGGAGGAGGAGAAGGAGAAGGAGGAUGAGGCGAAAUACGAUUAUGGAGGCGUUUCCAGUCGCAUGCUUAAACGCCGUCCUGGCCACAACGACACCAACCGUCUGACUGUCAACAGACGAAUCGGCGCCGUCGACAACUUCAGCACCGGCGGCCCAGCUGCCUCGGGCCAUUGUGAAAAGCUCGCGAGCAGUCGCUCUGGCGGAAGCUCCAUGCCGUCAGCUAAGAGUACCUCUUCUGCCAGGUUAAGGUCAGUUGAACAGAUGAUCGGCUGA